GGACCCAGUCAGGCAGGCUCCGAGGCAACCCGGGGACGAGGAGAGACGAGUGGGCCGCACGCUCACAGACACUGGCCUACCUCCACUCUUCCCCUGGAUGUUCAUAGGCAUACAGGUGGAGCAAGAGAGCGAGACGAAGCUGGAGAAGGAUGACGCUACAUGAGUUGGCUGAGUUCAAGUGUAACAGGUACAGGAUCGUGUUCAGAAAGAGGGAAAGAGCUGCUACAUCCGAGAAGGAGGGGGAGAGAGAAAGUGAUAGAGAGCGAGACCAAACAGAAGUAAAGGAGCACGGGAGUAAGUGUCGCCAGCCAAAGGAGGAAUAAGAGCGAGAGAGGGAGAAAUGCCUCUGGUCCUGAGUCGGGGCCAAUGACUUCACUCAGGGGGUGGGGUCCCCCCUCCACCACCACCCCUCCGCGAGUUUAAAAGGGUACACGAGUAAGUCGUCCCGCUGCUCUGUUUCUGAGAACCCGGUUGUGUUUGGGACACACACACACACACCAGUGUACUUCCAGCUACAGAGACGAGGGACACAGAGGGGGACAUGCCACUGGACGUUGUCCUAAAUGGUCCGGCCCCGUGGGGGUUCCGACUGACUGGCGGCAAGGACUUCAACCAGCCCCUCACCAUCUCCAGGAUCACUCCGGGCAGUAAGGCGGCGGUGGCCAACCUGUGUCCUGGUGAUGUCAUCCUGGCCAUCGAGGGCAUCCCGGCGGAGGACAUGAUGCACUGUGAGGCCCAGAACAAGAUCAAAGAUGCCAUCUACCAGCUCAUUCUCACCGUCCAGAGACCAGAAACCAGGCUAUGGUCGCCUCAAGUCACGGAAGACGGGAAAGCCAACCCGUUCAAAAUCAACUUGGAGGCUGAGCAACAGGAGUUCAAACCCAUUGGUACGGGUCACAACCGCAAGGCCCAGCCCUUUGUAGCUGCAGCUAACAUCGACGACCAUCGUCAGGUGGUGAGCACAGCCUACAACACCCCCAUAGGCCUCUACUCCUCAGGCAACAUCCAGGACGCCAUGCACGGACAGAUGAGGGGCCUGGUCCAGGACAAGCCAGAGGGUAGCAAGACGCUGACCUCCAUCGAGGAGUCUGAUGUGUACCGCAUGCUCCUGAAAGACCAGGAGGAGCCCCAGGAGCCCCGGCAAUCAGGUUCCUUCAAGGCCCUGCAGGACUUUGUCGACAGCGACGGCACUCGCCCCAUGGUGACGAGGACGGUGAGAGCGCCCAUGACUAAGCCACCGCCGCCCACAGGAAACCUGCAGAAGCUGCCCCUGUGUGACAAGUGUGGAAACGGCAUUGUGGGCACAGUGGUGAAAGCGAGAGACAAGUUCCGCCACCCUAGCUGCUUCGUGUGCACCGACUGUGACGUCAACCUUAAACAGAAGGGCUACUUCUUCGUGGAGGGCCAACUGUACUGCGAGACCCACGCUCGAGCCCGAACAAGACCCCCGGAGGGCCAUGACCUUGUCACUACUUUCCCCUCGGCAUAGGACCCUCACACACACGCACCAUCCUAAAUUCUGUCUGCCAGUGAGGCACCAUUGAUUGUAACUGUUUGUAUCUGUGUUCUCCUGUGUUCUAUUGUCUGUUUGCUUUAUUUUGCACAAAUCCUGACAGUGCAUUUGUUUGUGAAUACACUUACAUGUACAGUGCCUUGCGAAAGUAUUCGGCCCCCUUGAACUUUGCGACCUUUUGCCACAUUUCAGGCUUCAAACAUAAAGAUAUAAAACUG